AACUUUUGCUUCCUCCCUCCUUCUCUCUCUCUCUCUCUCUCUCUCUCUAGUUUUCUCUUCUCUUCUGUUUUUGUUGAUCUCUGACCUAAUUGUCUGUCUGUGUGCUAUCAACACCCUCACCACCAAACACCCCCCCCCCACCCAAAAAAAAAUCACCAUUCAGAAUCUCAAGCAAGAUCCUCUUCUUCUUCUUGUACCGCCGCCGCCACCACUAACAGCACCAGCAGCAGCUAGGCUAGAGCUAGAUCUAUUGUUAGUGUAGUGCAUACCAAUUAUUAGUAGCUAGAUAUAUAUAUAUAUAUAUAUAUAUAGGACUCAAUUCGUAAUUAGUAACAUCAACACCACCGCACAGGAUUUCUAAGAGAUCGAUCGAGAGCUGAUCAUAUAAUCAUAUCGCCACGAUCAAUCAAGAUUUGAAGAUGACUCCAGCUAAUCUGGCAGGGCAGUUUGGCGACACAACUUACACCAAGGUGUUUGUUGGAGGGUUGGCAUGGGAAACCCAGAAGGAAACCAUGAAGAAAUACUUUGAACAGUUUGGAGACAUCUUGGAGGCCGUUGUUAUCACUGACAAGGCCACUGGAAGAUCUAAAGGCUACGGAUUUGUAACUUUUCGGGAAGCCGAAGCUGCGAUGAGAGCUUGUGUGGAUGCUGCUCCCGUGAUUGAUGGGAGGAGGGCCAACUGCAAUCUUGCUUCUCUCGGUGUUCAGAGAUCCAAGCCUUCAACUCCAAAGCAUGGUGGAGGAGGAGGAGGAGGCAGGAGCUUUGGGAGGGUAAUGGGGUCAUUCCGAACAGGGUUUGGAGGUGGAGUGGGAUCAGCUUUUCCCUCUGCAGCAAGCUUCCCUCAUUAUGCCAUCCAACAAGGGAUACCUUACAAUCUUUAUGGGUACUCUUCAUACUCGCCAGACUACACUUACCCUACGAACUACUAUGGUUUGUACGGAGGGGCAGCAGGCCAGUAUCCUAUGUACGGGACAAGCCCUGCAACUGGGAUGGUGGCCGGAGCAGCAGCCGCGGCGGCUUUUUACCCUUAUCUUUCAUAUGGAUCAGAAGGGAAUGGAGGAGCCGCAGCAGCUGCAUAUGGUAGCUCAGGUGUGCCGAGUUAUGCAACUGGUGUCCAAUACCCCCACAACAACCAGCAGCAGCAGCUUUUUCAUUAUUCGACCAUGAAUUCAAGUGGAGUUGGAGGCUACCAGCACUAUGGUCCUCCCAUUUCUCUUGCGCCCUCACCCGCCUUGCAAUCACCAGUGUGUUUUGCUGUGCCACAGGCGUAACCGUGGCCCUUCCUGCACCAAUCCCUCAUCGCUAGUUCAUCCCAAAGUGCGUGCAUGCAUGGCUUCAAUUAUUCAAACUCGAUUCCACCCUCAUCAGCUGCAUAUGCUUCUGAGUUUUCAGCAACCUCUGGCCUAACCAUGGUUCACUUCUCCAUCUCUUCCUCUCUCUCUCGCCGUCUAACACACAAUUAAUUAGCCCAAGCAAUUGGCAUUUGGACUAAUUAAUUUGCACAAAUACAAAGCCUCCCAAAGGGGCUACAUGAAAUCAUUCCAUCUCCACAAUUGGCUGGGGUACGUGCAUCUCAUGCAUACUCAUGCAUUUCAUUUUCCCCUUGAAGAGUUUUUUUUGAAAGCGUCAUCUUAAAUACCAACUCAGGCUAUUGGGUAUAGCCAAGUUGGAAAAUAGUAUUUUUUUUUUUCCCUCAAAAAUUCUUAGCCCUGGAGGGGCUGAGGCAACAGAAGAAAAAUGUAACUUUUGGCCCAGGAAGGCUAAAGAAAUGCAUAAAAUGGUUUGCAAAUAUUGUAAAUUCAACACAAAUAGCAAGCCCUUCACUUUUGAAAAGUUUCAAUCAAAAAAUGUUUUAUCCCUCUAUCUUCAGCUAAUCAAUCACCUCAAACAAACAAAGGCGCGCAGUUUUAGGGGAAAAAAACAUGGGCAUGGAAUGCCCCAAUUGUUUUGGCUGUUAACAUCUAGUCUUAGGAUUUUGAAACUAGCUAAAAACAGUCAUGUCUCUAUAAAGCUUUACCAAGUUUUUGUCACCUUUCACAUAAUGUGUCUAACCAACCAACCAACGAUCGAUCCUUUCCCUUAGGGUAAAGGGAAGAAAAUCACAAACUCUUGUUCGUUUCAUGUAAAUUCAUCAAGUGUGGCUAAACUAUGGGAGUUUUAGCCCCAUUUCACUAAUUUUAGGAGGGAUAGUUUUUAGCAUUAGCUUUUAGCUUUUGCUAGUACAUUAAUCUCAUCAUCCUUUUGAGCACUCCAUUAAUGGAUGUGGAGUUCAAAAGCAGCUGCAUGUAAUCCUUGGAAGAUAUUUUGGUUCCCUUGGGUUCUUCUCCACUAACGCACCAACCAUGGUUAGGACAUAGGUCAACCUCAUCUCAUCACAUCUAUCUCUCUCUCUCUCUCUCUUUGUGUUCAUCUUCUACUUGGAAAUGGACCUUGAUGCUCUUUCGAUUAUAUGUAUAAGUCUAUGCUUUGGAUUGCAAUUAGGGAUCCUUUUAAGGACAGUUAAGAUUCAUUCUCCAUCGGUGCUGGUUGAGAAUGGAUAUGCUACUCACUACUAUAUAUGCUUUUGAUUUGAGACUUCUAUGUUUACUUCUGAUGAUGAUAUUAUGAGACUUUUAAUUACCUAAUUCUUCUGAA